CAUAUCGCAUCUAACUCUUUUCUCUCCUUUUUUGAUAUUACUUUUCAGCAUCUCUAAAUGAGUUCCAAAAGGGCAAUAAAUAUAAAUCUAGCACUCUCCUCUACCUUACUGCUGCUCCUUUUGGUUGGUUUUGCAAGCUCAAACCUAAACCAAGACGCAGCAGAAUGCACCUACAAACUCAUUGGUAUAUCUUAUUGCUCUCCCUAUGUCUUUGAUCAAGCCAAUGGCGCCCCAUCCAAAGAUUGCUGCACUGGCAUCAAAGAGAUUGAUCACAACGGCAAGAGAUGCCUCUGUUUACUCUUCCAAGACGUGAGAUUCAAUGUCCUCCGUGCUCUCAAGUUACCAGGUGCUUGUAAAACACCCGUCAACUUUACUCAGUGUGUUGAUGUUUUGCAAUUGGCACCUCAAUCUCGAGAAGCUAAAGUAUUUGAGGGAUAUGACAAAGGCAUAAGCCUAAAUUUUUCCACCCCAGCUCCCUCUCCCAGUCCUAGUGUAGCCUUUGUUAAUGCUGGCAAUGGAACAAGCACAAGCACUCAAGAUAAGAACGAUGUGUGGGGAAAGAGAUGGCUGGUAGUGAAGGUGCUAUGUUUUAUUUUUCCAUUUGUUUUCAUCUCCCAUUUCCUCCUUCUAGUCUGAACCAUUAUCAAGAGCUCAUAGCUUCAAUAGUAGGAUGUAUUGAUAUUUGUGUAUAUUUAUUACAAAGUUUCGUACGUUCUACUAUGAAUAAUGAUAUGUCCUUGUUCCGGUAAGAAUUCAAAUAAGAAUGCUGGCUUUGACUCCUUCUUAUUUGUUCCCAUUGUCGGCGGAGUACGUUAAGUGUGAGUACCUGCAAGGCACUACGACACACAAAUUAACAAGUUGAAUGAGAAAUAGAGAUUAUGACUAGACAUAUAAUGUGUACAUUUAAGGAAUAAUGAUAUGUUCUUCUAUUUUAUCUUCUUAAAAUAUUUUAAGAUAUCAAAUGCAUUUUAAUUUUGUAUUCGAUACAUUUAAUAGAAUGAUGUAUAGGAGGAUGAUGUACCAUGAUACAAGAUUUACUCUUCUG